UGCGCUUUCUACUUCCUUAUUGUUUGUUUAUCCGGACUUCCUAUUAAAUGGAGUGUGUUUGAAUUGCAUAUGUAGGCUACUGCACACUGUAGAUUUUGGCAGAUCAAAGAUGAGGCUCCUAAUAUUAACAACGCUUGUAGUCGCUACAUAUGCAGGUCUCGCUGAUAAGAAAGAGAAAAAGAGCAUCCCGAAACCAGCUCCAAGGACUUGCUACGGUGAUGUGAACGAUCUCAAGCCUACAGGCAGAAAGAAGGGAGGUGUAGCAGCGUCAAACAAAAUGAUUCAAGCAGAUAUGGCUUCUCUAACCAAAUACCGAGAAUGCUUUCAAAAAGUAGCGGAUAAGUUUUGUAUCCAGGCUUCGAUUCUUGGUGCAAUUGCUAGCAGAGAAUCCAGAGGCGGAGCUCUCCUGGAUAAAACUAAAGGCUUUGGAGACAAAGGGAAUGCGUGGGGGAUUAUGCAGUGUGACAUCAGAUACUCUGGUCUGAACUGUACUUCUGUGCCAUGGAACAGCUGUGCCCACAUUGAAAUGAUGACUGGACAACUGAUCAUUCCAUUUAUGAAGCAGGUUAAAAAGAAACAUAGAAAGUGGCCAGCAGCUAAACAACUACAAGGUGGCGUUGCAGCGUACAACUUUGGGGUAAAGAAUGUUAAGUCUUGGGCAGGCCUUGACAGUGGCUCCACCGGUAAUGACUACAGCAACGACGUCAUAGCAAGAGCCAAAUGGCUCCACUUGAAAAAGUGGAAUUGAAAAGAAUGUCUACAAUGAAAAAGUGAAAUUCAACAUUAUAUGAUUAGAUAUUUUAUAAAUUAUUAUUUCUAAUUUCUUUGUCAGCAUUAGAUUUGGCAAAAUAUGUAGAUCAUUGCAGGGUCUGUGUAGCCAAGUGGCAAAAUAUGUAGAUCAUUGUAGGGUCUGUGUAGCAAAGUGGCAAAAUAUGUAGAUCAUUGUAGGGUCUGUGUAGCAAAGUGGCAAAAUAUGUAGAUCAUUGUAGGGUCUGUGUAGCCAAGUGGCAAUAUAUGUAGAUCAUUGAAGGGUCUGUGUAGCCAAGUUAAACACUGCACUCUUCCUUUAUCCUCAGACUUGAAGACAAGCUUUUAUUACUAUUCGUUAUCAAUCCUUGUAAAAAAUUCUUAUUAAAUAUUGAUAAAAAUGUAUUAUAAUUAUGUACACUAAAUAAAACAUUUUUUUUACAUCGCC